GGCAACUGAAAGGAGAGAAGGAGCACAGACUGAAUCUUCUCAGUCAUUCUGUUUUGUCCGUACAUGGCACUUCUACUAGACUAAAGCCAUGGCUACGAAGAUUAUUGUGUUCCUCUUGGUUGGUUUGAUGCAGUUAUGUGGGUCCCAGGUAGCAGGUUCUCGUGGGAAGAAAUUUGUCACGGCUUUCAUGCAAAACAAUCAGAAAAACCACCCUAUGGAUCCCAGUGCUAAGCAUGAGCUUGUUAUUACUGGUUAUUCUCCUAAAACCAUGGUGAGAGUAACAAUAGGAAAAUCCAUGUACAGAAGAACUUUCCCUCUCAAUGAAGGACAAACAGUGACAAUUAAGCUUCCAAAUACCAUUGAGUUAGUGGGGACCGAUAGCUUUGAUGGGACUGUGCUCAUAGAAGCUGACAAGGAUAUCUCCAUCUUGUCUCGCAGCCAUGACGGGACUUCUGUUGGUACUACAGUCCUGUAUCCAGUCCAACAAUUGGGCACACUGCAUUAUGUGGUAACUCCAAUGGGAAACAAGGAAAACACCUUCAAGGAAUUUGUGAUUAUAGCCUAUGAAACUCCCACUAAAAUCAAUAUUUCCCUGACGGGGACUGUGGCUUACAAAGGCAAGGUUUAUCCUUCUGGAAGCAAGCUUGUUGCUGAUCUUGAAGCCUUCCAAGCAAUCCAGUUCCAAAGCUCAGAUGAUUUGACUGGCACCAAAGUUGAAUCAAGUGAACCAGUGGCUGUUUUGACAGGACACAGCUGUGCUCAGAACAACAUAGCAUGUGACCAUGUUGUUGAACAGAUCUUGCCAGUUUCCAGUUGGGGUUCCUUCUUCAUUGUCCCUCUGAUGUCCUUUCCAAAUAGACAUGGCACUCUGUAUGUAGUCGCCGCCCAAAAGACUUCCAUCAAAUACCAGCAUGGUGAUAUAGAGAAGUCUUUGGACAUGGAGGCUGGGCAAGUUCUCAAGUUUGACCAGCAGUCUUCAGAACCAAUGCACAUUUCUGCCAACAAUGGGAUUCAGGUCCUUUUCUCCCCUACUGGUGCUGAAGAUCGAGACUAUGGGCCUUCUCUCAUAAACAUUCCAGCAGUUCCAGGCUACUGCAUUUCCUAUAGCACAGGUGAAAUGAGUCAGUAUGACAGAAUUUCUGUCAUCAUAGCCAAAACUUCAGAAUCCAGUGGGAUCACAGUAGAGAGGAAAGGCAUUGAAGCCCUCCAGUGGAGACCAAUCCCAGGAACAGAAUAUUCUUGGGCUGAACACAGUUUCAACAAAACAGCAGGUGUGCUUUCAUUAGAACAUCCCAGCACUCCUUUUGCCAUCUUCAUCCUUGGAGUCUCACAAAAUGAUGGCUCUGGUUCAAUGGCUGCUUGCACCACUGGUGCGCCAGUUGCGUCGUGCAGCUUGAUCCAAUGCAAGAAGGAGGAGAUGUGUGAGAUUCAAGAGGAGCACCCAGUGUGUUUGGCAGGGUCUGAAUCCACUUGCUGGGCACAAGGAAAUCGCCAUUAUCAUACCUUUGAUGGGAGGAACUAUGACUUCAGAGGCAGCUGUACCUACACCAUUGCCAAGACUUGCAGCCUGGAUGCGACCGUGCCUUUCUUCAGCAUUGAGGCCAAGAAUGAAAACAAGAGGGAUGUCCGUGCUUCUAAUGUCGGUUUAGUGACUAUAACUGUCUAUAAUAUCACCAUCUCUGUCAACAGAAACGAGAAUGGAUUUGUCAGGAUAGACAACCAACUGUCCCACCUGCCCAUUUCCUUGAAUGAAGGGAAGCUAUAUCUCUACCAGAAUGGAGCCUCCAUCCUUAUUGAGACUGAAUUCUCCCUGAAAGUCUCCUAUGACUGGGAUGAUUUUUUGCUGAUCAAGAUCCCCAGGAGGUUUUCGGAGAGUGUGUGCGGCCUUUGUGGGAACUACAACAAUGACCCCACAGAUGAUUUCACCACCCCCAGUGGGGCCUUGGCGUCCAGUCCCGUGGAGUUUGGGAGCAGCUGGAAGGUGGAGGACGAGGACAGAUUCUGCUGGGAUGACUGUCCAGGGGGUUGCAAAAGCUGCUCUUCAGCACAGACCAAAAAUUAUAAAGUAGAACCUUUCUGUGGUUGGAUCACCAAAGGAGGGAAUGGCCCAUUCAGCCAAUGCCAUUCUGUGAUCAACCCUGAAAUCUUUCUGGAAAACUGUGCCUACGAUGUAUGUUUGAGUGACGGGCUGAAGGAAGUGCUGUGUGAAUCCCUGAAGAACUAUGCAGAAACAUGCCAAAAAGAAGGAAUUGCUGUUUCUGACUGGAGAACAUCCACUGGUUGCUCCUCCUUAGUUUGCCCCGCAAACAGCCAAUACAAGGCCUGUGGACCUGCGUGUCCCAUUACCUGCAACAAYGAAGCUCUUCCCAGCAGCUGUGCCUCAUUGCCUUGCAUUGAGACCUGCCAGUGYAAUGAAGGYUUUGUGUGGGRYGCUGGGAAAUGCAUUCCCAAGAGUGACUGUGGCUGYSUCUUUGAAGGAAAGCUCUUCUCUCCAGGAGAGCAAUUCUGGGGAGAUUCCAGCUGCACAAGWCGCUGYACCUGUGACCCAGRGACCAAGSGUGUGAUCUGCMAGACRAGAGGCUGYAGGAGYGGAGAGCASUGYAGGGUGGARGRUGGCAUCCAGAAUUGCUAUCCCACCAGUUACGCCACCUGUUCUGCUUCAAGGGGCACUCAUUACAGUAGCUUUGAUGGUCAGAAGUUUGACUUCCAGGGCACUUGUGUGUAUCAGUUGACAGGGCUCUGUGAGAAGAGAAGAGAUUUGGUGGAUUUCCAGGUUCAUGUCCAAAAUGACCAUCCAAUCGGCUCCUCUGCCAUCCUCCCCAAAGUGGUGGAGAUCAGGGUGGAAGGAACAGUGAUUGUGAUUAGUAGAGAACACCUUGGAAAAGUCAUGGUGAAUGGCUUGUUGACACGUCUCCCUUACAACAUCAGAAGCAAUGAGAUUCUCCUCUACCGGAAAGGGAAAGAGGCAGUGGUCCAGACUGAUUUCCACCUGACUGUUACCUUCGACUGGCAAAACCGGGUUACUGUGACAGUGCCCAGUACUUAUGCCAAUGCCCUUUGUGGUCUCUGUGGGAACUUCAAUGGCAACAAACUUGAUGAGAUGACCAUGAAAGAUGGGAAAGUGGCUCUGAGUCCAUCCUCCUUUGGUGAGAGCUGGAAAAUGCAGGAGGUACCAGGCUGCACUGAGAUGGACAAAGAAGAAUGUCCUGGGCUGUCAGCCAUUGAGAGCCACCAACGCUACCUUGGGAGGGAAUGCGGGCUCAUCCUAGCCAAGAGGGGCCCUUUUCAACGGUGUCACAGCACAAUUGAACCUGAGGAAUACUUCCAGGAUUGUGUCUAUGAUUCUUGCUUUUUUGAAGGCCAAGAAGCUGUGAUUUGCCAAGCCAUCACCAAUUAUGCAGAAGCCUGUCAGGCAGCUGGCGCAAGCCUUGAGGCAUGGAGAACCAAAACCUUCUGCAGUGAAUGGCUUGUUGACGCGUCUGCCUUACAACAUCAGAAGCAAUGA